AGAAGUGGCCCUCGGAGUCUUGGAUUUUUUUUUACUCGAGAGUUGUUUUGUGAUGGAGGCGGUGUUGAAGUCUCCCUGUGAUGAACAGCACCCUCAGCAGGCUGAAGACUUCCACGGGAAUCUGGAGCAGAGGAAGCCUUCAGCAGGAGUAAAAAAAGAUAUUGAAAAACUUUAUGAAGCAGUGCCACAGCUUGUAAAUGUGUUCAAAAUAAAGGAAAAAAUCGGGGAAGGUACUUUUAGUUCUGUUUACUUGGCCACAGCACAGCUACAAACAGGAUAUGAGGAAAAAAUGGCUCUAAAACACUUGAUUCCAACCAGCCACCCUCUGCGAAUAGCUGCUGAACUUCAGUGCCUCACAGUGGCAGGGGGACAAGAUAAUGUUAUGGGAGUUAAAUACUGCUUUAGGAAAAACGAUCACGUUGUUAUUGUUAUGCCAUAUCUGGAGCACGAGUCCUUCUUGGACAUUUUGAAUUCCCUUUCCUUUGAAGAAGUGAGGGAAUACAUGUUUAAUCUGUUUAAAGCGCUGAGGCGCAUCCAUCACUUCGGCAUUGUUCACCGUGAUGUCAAGCCCAGCAACUUCCUCUACAACAGGCAGCUGAAAAAGUAUGCCUUGGUAGAUUUUGGCUUGGCACAAGGAACCCCUGAUACGAAAAUUGAGCUUCUUAAAACUGGCAACUCUGAAGACCAGCAGGGAAGUUGCUUGCAAAUGAAUCCCAUUGUAACCUUGGAAAAUGGGGUUUCUGUCAGUGUCACAGCACCCAAACAGAUAGCUCAACAGUCAGCCUCAAAAGCAGCUGACAGAAGGUCCAGCUCACUUUCAAAAGUACAGAUGAAACAAGGAAGAGGAGGAAAGGAGGACUCUGUGCACCAUUCUGUCCAGCGCUCUGUCUUCGGAGAGAGGAAUUUCAAUGUCUACAGCUCCACAUACCAGGAGAACUCAAGCACAAAACUCAUAAAACAGUCAAAGGUGAUAGAUGUUUCAUCUAGGAAGCUGGUAACAAAGAAGAAGAUUAUUUCUACCAGAACUGUGAGCAGUGGGGCAGCCAGGAAAGCUGCCAGUGCUUGCCCUUUAAACCUGCCCUGUGACUGUUAUGCAACAGACAGAGUCUGCAGUGUUUGCCUUUCAAGGCGUCAGCAAGUGGCUCCCAGGGCAGGAACACCUGGAUUCAGAGCACCAGAAGUAUUAACAAAGUGCCCCACUCAGACCACAGCAAUAGACAUGUGGUCUGCAGGAAUCAUAUUCCUUUCUCUACUCAGUGGACGGUAUCCAUUUUUCAAAGCAAGUGAUGAUUUAACUGCUUUGGCACAAAUCAUGACAGUUCGUGGAUCCAGAGAAACCAUUCAGGCUGCUAGAACUUUUGGAAAAUCAGUUGUGUGUACCCAAGUUGUCCCAACUCAAAACCUACGAACCCUCUGUGAAAAGCUGAGAGGAACAAAUAGCAGCUGUAAGGGAUCUCAGGGGGAAGGGCCCAGCAGGUCUGAAAACAACACAGCUCUGGCAGCAGAAAAACCCUGUGCUCCUGAGACACUUGGAAAACAAAUUCAACAUUUACAGAGUCUUCAGGAAGCUGAUGGUGCUUUGGAAACGAAGGAAGCUGACAUGAAAGGAUGGGAUCAGGUUCCUGAUGAAGCCUAUGACCUACUUGAUAAGCUACUUGACUUAAACCCUGCAACAAGAAUAACUGCAAAAGAGGCUUUGCUGCAUCCUUUUUUUAAAGACAUAAGGCUCUGAGAAGAUAACUUACUUUGUUAUUCCUUUCAUAUGUUUUGUAGAACUGAAAUACUAAGGCAGUUUUACCUUGUUGCCUUCAACAUUUACACUCACUGAAAUAACAUCACUGUGCUCUGAACUACUGAAAUUUUGUCUUGUACAGUUAGACUCCAAAUGUCAGUUUAAGAAAUACUUGCAGAUGCAAAAGUUACAUAAACAUCA